UCAUCGCACCACAAAAGGAGGCAAAAUGGGGAAAGAUGACGAGGUGAUUCCCUCAGGAUCUAGUAAAGUGGAUCUUGUUGAAGCGGAUGAAGAUGGAGAUGAAAACGUCGAACGAGGAAACUGGGGCAACAAAUUUGAGUUUCUACUCUCGUGUACCGGGUAUGGGAACGUCUGGCGCUUCCCGUACCUGUGCUAUCGCAAUGGUGGAGGUGCUUUUCUGAUCCCAUACGUCAUCAUGUUGGCGUUUGCCGGUCUACCCUUGUUCUUCCUCGAAGUCAGCUUUGGUCAAUAUUGCAGUCUGGGACCCAUCUCGUGUUGGAGGGCGGUGCCAAUGUUCAGAGGUGUGGGUUAUGGAAUGAUGAUAGUCUCAGCCUACGUGGGAAUCUACUACAACGUGAUCAUCAUGUACACGCUGUACUACAUGUUUGCUUCCUUCACAUCGGUGCUACCAUGGGUCGGGUGUGGUCAAUUGUGGAACACGCCCUUAUGUGCUAACCUCGUCCAAGACUGUCUGGGCUCGGGCGGAAUUAUGACAUUUAAUAACACAUGUGUUAAAUUAUCAAGUUUAUCGAUGGCCGAGCUUGAUCUUUAUAAUAUAACUGGUAAUUAUGGAGGCUUCAAUCUGACGCUUUACACUGAUCCGUUCAAAAAGAUGAGGCGAACGGCAUCAGAAGAAUACUGGAAGUUUCAAGUAUUACAAGAAUCGGACUCUAUUGGGGAGCCAGGCGGCAUUCAAUGGCAGCUAGCUUUAUGUUUACUCCUAGCCUGGGUUAUCAUCUUUGCUUGCCUCUUCAAGGGAGUCAAGUCAUCUGGAAAGGUGGUGUACUUCACAGCGACGUUCCCAUAUCUUGUCUUGGUUAUCUUGCUUAUCCGAGGAGUAACCCUGCCAGGUUAUGAAAAAGGCGUCCAAUUCUUCAUCACACCGAGAUGGGAGACCCUCGCCAAUCCACAGGUGUGGCUGGACGCAGCGGUACAGAUCUUUUACUCACUCAGCGCAGCUUGGGGCGGUCUCAUCACUCUGUCCUCAUACAACAAAUUUCACAACAAUUGUUACUUUGACGCCGUCCUGGUCGCGACGCUGAAUUGUUGCACCAGUAUUUUUGCCGGCUUUGUUAUCUUCUCCAUCAUGGGCUUCAUGGCCAAUGAACUGGGAAGAGAAGUCGGGGAGGUCGUCGAUGAAGGGUUUGGUCUUGCCUUCAUUGCCUACCCUGAGGCUGUGGCUCGUCUGCCCGUCUCUCCACUCUGGGCCAUCCUCUUCUUCGUCAUGCUGCUUACCCUCGGUCUUGACAGUCAGUUCACUAUCAUGGAAACGGUAGUGACGGCCAUCGUUGAUGAAUUCCCACAUAUACGAAAGAAGAAGACCUACCUCAUGUUGGCUGCUUGCUUUAUAGGCUAUCUACUCGGCUUCACGUGCAUAACAAGGGCUGGUCCCUAUUGGGUGGAGCUUAUGGACAGCUACGGUGCAAGUUUCUCUCUCCUAAUCUACGGACUCUGCGAGUGUAUAGCCAUCAGCUGGUUCUAUGGUGUCAAGCGUUUUAUCAACGAUAUCCGAACGAUGGUCGGCGAUUCUUACGUGGACUUCCCAUCGUUUUUCUGGUGGCCUCUCAACUGGUGUGCUAUCACGCCCGCUCUACUCAGCUUUGUACUGCUCUUCAACUGGAUGAACUGGACCUCCCCGGAGUACAAUGGACCAUUCCCAACAUGGGCUCACGCCAUUGGCUGGAUGAUGAUCAUGAGUUCGUUGGUCUGGAUCCCGAUUAUGAUGAUCUAUGAGUUUGUCAGAACGCCAGGAACGGUGAUGGAGCGUUGGACGGCAAUGUCGAACCCUCAGGAGAACUGGGGACCAGCCCUAGGCAAGUUCCGCAUUGAGGCGAGCGAAGUCCACAAUCAACACGGCACGACGUUCGGCGGUCGCCUCCACAACCAGACGGGCGCUCUCGCAACGAGGCGGACAAACAGCGACAAUGCUAAGAUGCCCGCUGUGAUUUACAGCGCGGGAUUGGAAAACACCGGUUACGAUAACACUUAUGGUGAAGUUGAGCUGGUCGAGUCCAGUGAUGGGGAUGAGAACGAGGAGAGAGGUAACUGGUCCAACAAGUUUGAGUUCCUCUUGUCCUGUACCGGGUACGCUGUAGGCCUCGGGAACGUGUGGAGAUUCCCCUAUCUCUGCUACCGUAAUGGAGGAGGUGCUUUCCUUAUCCCCUACGUCAUCAUGUUGGCGUUUGCCGGUCUACCCUUGUUCUUCCUUGAAGUCAGCUUUGGUCAAUAUUGCAGUCAAGGUCCAAUCACCUGCUGGAGAGCCGUACCAAUGUUCAGAGGUGUGGGUUAUGGAAUGUUGGUGGUCUCUGCCUAUGUGGGUAUCUACUACAAUGUGAUCAUCAUGUACACGCUUUACUACAUGUUUGCGUCCAUGACUGCCAAGUUGCCCUGGAUCACCUGCGGUGCUGCGUGGAAUACCGGCAAUUGCUCAGUCCUCGUUGAAGAUUGCUUUGGAGCAGGCGGUGUCAUUACACCAGAGAACAGGUGCAUCAAAAUCAGCAGUUUGGAUAGUGCCGGCUUGGCAGAGUACAACAUCACCGAGGAAGGGGGUAGCUACAAUACAAGCUUAACUUUGGAUCCAUUUGCAGAUGACAGAUCUCGUCCCAGUGAAGAAUAUUGGAAAUUCAACGUCUUGCAAGAAGCCGACUCCAUCAACGAGACAGGAACCAUCAUCUGGCAGCUCUUACUCUGUCUUCUCCUAGCCUGGAUCAUCAUCUUCCUGUGUCUCAUCAAGGGAAUCAAAUCAUCUGGCAAGGUUGUAUACUUCACCGCUACCUUCCCCUAUGUGGUUUUGGUCAUUCUCCUGAUUCGCGGGGUGACGCUGGAUGGUUACUACGAUGGUGUUCUAUUUUUCAUCACGCCCGAAUGGUCAAGACUCGCUGAACCACAGGUGUGGCUGGAUGCUGCGACUCAGAUCUUCUUCUCCCUCAGCGCAGCCUGGGGUGGUCUGAUCACCCUCUCCUCUUACAACAAAUUCCACAACAAUUGCUACCUUGACUCCGUCUUAGUGGCCACCCUGAACUGCGCUACCAGCCUCUUCGCUGGUUUUGUCAUCUUUUCCAUCCUUGGCUUUAUGGCCAAAGAGCUCAACACUACUGUUGAUAAAGUCGUCGAGCAAGGUUUCGGUCUUGCCUUCAUUGCUUACCCUGAGGCUGUGGCUCGUCUGCCCGUCUCUCCACUCUGGGCCAUCCUCUUCUUCGUCAUGCUGCUCACCCUCGGUCUUGACAGUCAGUUCACCAUCAUGGAGACUGUAGUAACGGCCAUAGUAGAUGAGAUACCAUCCCUCCGUAAGAAGAAGACUUACGUCAUGCUGACUGCUUGUGGCAUUGGCUUUCUCCUUGGAUUCACAUGUGUCACCAAUGCGGGACCUUACUGGGUGUCGCUCAUGGACAGUUACGGAGCCGGCUUCGCCCUGCUCAUCUACGGACUCUGCGAAUGUAUCGCAAUCAGCUGGUUCUAUGGUGUCAAACGAUUCAAGAACGACAUCCGCACGAUGAUCGGCGAUGGAUGGGUGGACUUCCCACUCUUUGUCUGGUGGCCUCUCAACUGGUGUGUCUUCACCCCGGCCCUCCUUUGCUUUGUCCUUAUGUUCAACUGGAUGAACUGGACUGAGCCGACGUACAACGGAGAUUACCCUGUCUGGGCCAGAGCCAUCGGCUGGAUGAUGAUCCUCAGCUCCCUGAUCUGGAUACCAGUCAUCUGGAUCUUUGAGUUCAUCCGUAGUCCUGGAAGCAUUGUUGAGCGAUGGGAGGCCAUGUCCUCUCCCCGCGAGAACUGGGGCCCAGCUCUCGGCAAGUUCCGUCUGGAGUCCUACAACACCCACAAGGAGAACAACACUACCUUCGGUGGGCGCCUGAACCCCGACGGCAGCAGUUAUCAGAAACGUCGCGGUGUGGAAGCGGGCAAAGAACCGGCUGUCUUGUACAAUGCUGGUGGCGCCACCAACGCUGGAUACGACAACCCAAUGUAGUGAGUUUCCUUUUGAACUAAUCUAAACUUUCGACCACUCAAAAAAAAUUGCGGGUUUUUCGCCAUAUUCUGAAGUGUGACUUAUUCUGAUAUGGGUUAUGACUCAUUUGAAUACAAAUAAUUUGAUUCAGGAUUUGUUUCAUUUAAAACUAUGAAAUGUUGCAUUUUACCUUUACCAUAUUAUGGUGGGAGUGUGGAUAGAUAAAUUAGGUGUAGAUUUUUUUCCUGUAGGCUUCGUGUAAAAUUUCAGUGGAUUUUAAAGGAUCGAUUUUACUGGUGUUAAUACUUUAUCGAUCGAUAGGUCAUUAAUAAGAUUGCUCUGGAAGUAUUUUGGUCAACGAUUACGAGACUGGACUAGCAGUUUAAUUAAUCGGGAUGAAUGAAAUAUAUAUAUUUUUUAUAAACUGUAAAGCAAGUAUACAAAUACUAUAGAGAGGCAAUUGUUUUUCAUCUCCAUUAACAAAAAAAGUCAUUGUAUGGUAUUUAUAAACGAGAGUAAUGCAAUUUUUCUUUAUAAAAGAUGUAAUGAGAUUAUUUUUUAUGUUGAAAAGGACUAUUGACUUUCUGACGACUGAUGAAACUUACUGCACGGCUGCACUUCUUAUAAGCAUUAAUUCAAACAUGACAUCUGGCUGGUAAACUGGUUUGAACCGGUUUGCACUGGUCUGAGCCAGUUUACACAAGUAAACUGAUUGUUUUAGUACGCACUUGUUUGAAAACUGGCAUGCUUUGCCCCAACAUAGAAGCAAUAGUCUAAACUACUUCAUUGAAAUACUGAUGGUAAACUGGUAUAGUAGAACAGGGUCAUAGAACCAGUUCAGAAGUAGAGCCGGGUCUAAAAUUAGCUGUGACAAUUAGUCUACACAAUUGCACUGGUUUUUACUAAAUUUCCAGACUGUUCUGGUGUAAACUGGUUUGAGCCAGUAUGUGCUAGUCUGAACUAAUGCACACAUUCACUAACUGUAGAUACUUUUCUGGUAUGAACUGGUCUAAUAUGUCUUACACUGGUUGCACAGACUGUUCUGGUGCAAACUCGUUUGAACUACUGGUCCACAUUUAAGCGCAAGUAUUUGUACAAUAAAACAACUGAAGAAGCACCAUUUUGAGCACUUGAAAAACAUAAUUACACAGAGUCUGCUACUGUUUUGAAAUUUUAUAUUUUUCCUAUAAUUCUUGAUGGGUAUAUGUAUAUUGUUGGGUAAAUACAAGAGUUAGAUUAGAUUUUGUACGAUUAAUGUGUUGAUGAAGUUUUUGUUUUUUGUUUUUGAAAAAUUAAAUGUGUCUGUACUUUUUAACUCAUAUCUGCCUGACUGGUAAAAAA